GAAGAAGAAGGAUGACGCUGGGGCUGAUCAAUGCGAACCCUGUGGUUCACGCCAAGAAAGAGCGGAUCGCUCGCUCCGAGGAUCUCCAUGGUGACGACUCCGUUGAUCCUCUCGAAAUCUAUGAUUUCGUGAGGGAUAUUAGAGAUCCGGAACAUCCGUAUUCGUUAGAGCAGCUAAGUGUUCUCUCGGAGGAAUCGAUCACCGUCGAUGACAAGCUAGGGCGUAUCCUGAUAACCUUCACUCCGACUAUCCAGCAUUGUAGCAUGGCAACUGUGAUUGGUCUCUGUCUGCGGGUGAAACUUAAACAUUUUUUUCCCCCAAAUUACAAGGUUGACAUCAAAGUAUUUCCAGGAUCCCACGCUAAUGAAGAAUCAGUUAAUAAGCAACUAAACGAUAAAGAAAGAGUGGCAGCGGCAAUGGAAAAUCCAAAUUUGCGUCAGCUUGUAGAUGAAUGCCUGUAUUCCAGCGAGCUCUGAACAAAUUAUAUAUCAACGUACAGAGUGGAAAAAGGUAGUCUGUGAAUGUAAUAUAGAAAUAUUAAUAUAUGUGAUUUUAUUUACUUCUUUAUUGGACCCUUCAUCGGCUUCGAGCCUUGGAUAUUUCAGUUGGUUCUACAAAAUAUCUCUUCUGUAUUGGACCCUUCAUCGGCUUCCAGCCUUGGAUAUUUCAGUUGGUUCUACAAAAUAUCUCUUCUGUAUUGGACCCUUCAUCGGCUUCCAGCCUUGGAUAUUUCAGUUGGUUCUACAAAAUAUCUCUAAAUUCGAGAGUUGAUUUUAA